GGACAAAUGAAGAAAGGGUCGGACAGAGGCGGGGUUUUGCGAGCAGACCCAUAAACCCCGACGGCGCCGCCGAGGAUGUUCCGAUGGCACCCUCGACCGACGGCGCUCCGCCGCACCCCCGCCGCGAAGCACCUCCUUCCUCCCUUCUUCCGCGCUCGUCAAGUCGGUCCGCGCGAGGUCUCAGCUCCUCCUCCGCUUCAGGCCCCCUUCUCCACCCGCAUCGUCGGCGACGAGCCUAUCCUCGUCCGAGAUUUCAUCCGUUCGGCGUUGUACGAUCCAGAGCAUGGCUACUUCUCCCAGCGGUCGGGCUCCGUCGGCGUGCUGGAGCGGAGCUUUAAGUUCAAUCAGCUCGAAGGCAGGAAGGAUUACAUGGAGCAUUUGGAUAAAAUCUACAGGCAAAGUGAUAUUUCGUGGUUUACUCCUGUCGAGCUUUUCAAGCCGUGGUAUGCCCAUGGCAUUGCUGAAGCCAUAAUGCGCACUGCUAACCUUUCAGUUCCUCUGAAAAUAUAUGAAAUUGGAGGUGGAUCAGGAACUUGUGCAAAGGGCAUCAUGGAUUACAUGAAAUUAAAUGCACCAGAUAGAGUUUACAACAGUAUGACUUAUACCUCCGUAGAAAUUAGUCCCUCCCUGGCAAAGAUACAGAGGGAAACAGUUGGAGAAGUCCUCAGCCACUCUUCAAAAUUUAGGGUGGAAUGCCGUGAUGCCACGGACCGAAGUGGAUGGGGGGACCGUCAGGACCAACCUUGUUGGGUUAUUAUGCUUGAGGUGCUUGAUAAUCUCCCACAUGAUCUUAUAUACGCAGAAACUCAAACUUCUCCGUGGAUGGAAGUGUGGGUCGAGAAACAAAAUGACAGGGAAACCCUAUCAGAAUUGUAUAAGCCAUUAGAGGAUCCACUGAUCAAGAAUUGUCUUGAGAUCGUGAAUUCAGCAAAAAAACAAGCUUCUUCUAGUGGUGUAAGAUUAAUGGCGGAUACUUUGUGGUCUAAAAUCUUUCCUAGACCCCGAAGAUGUUGGCUGCCAACAGGCUGCUUGAAGCUACUUCAUGUUGUACACGAGGCUCUGCCAAAGAUGUCUUUGAUUGCUUCAGACUUUAGUUACUUACCUGAUGUAAGGAUACCUGGUGAAAGAGCUCCUCUCGUAUCAACAAAGAAGGACGGGAGUAGCUCAGAUUAUAAUAGCUAUUUGGAUGCAAAGGGUGAUGCUGAUAUAUUCUUCCCUACUGACUUUUGGCUUUUGGAACGGAUUGACCAUUUUUGUUCAGGGUGGCUGAAACUUCAUGAAGCUGCAUCCUCUAAACAAGGAAGAAAGAGGAGAACAAUUACACUCGAUACUUCUUCAUUCAUGGAGGAAUUCGGCUUACCUUCAAGGACACGGACCAAGGAUGGAUACAACCCUCUUUUGGAUGACUUUAAGAACACAAAAUUCUAUCUUAGCGUUCCUACUCACAACAUUAAGUGAUGAAUCUCAUGUGCUCAAGUUUCCGAGAACACCACCGCCUCUCUUGAUGGAGGAAGAGAUUGAUUUGGGUUUCCCCAUGGAAAUACAGCAUCUUUCAAAGCAGAUAAAAGGUCUCUCAAUCUCGGUUUCCAGAGCAUUCUAUACUUGAUGAAGUUUCGAGAUCAUAGCCGAUUCAUGUUUUGCGCCGCAUCUCACAUGCAGCACAAAGCUGUGCGAUCCAGUGAAAUGUCAGCUGCUAUUUCUCAACUUAUUAUUUGUUUCAUUGGUAAUAGGAUGUCAAGGAUGGUCACGGGUCGACGCUGUGCUAUUUAUAUUGAUUCUCGAAGAUACAACUGUCCUUAAUUCUCGAUAGAUCAUACCUGCUACUUUUCAA